CGGAGCGGCAGCGGCCCCCACAGCAGGAGCCUAGCAUAGAAGUCCACUCAUCUGUGUCCGCCUGUCCUUCACCAGCAGCCGGUGUCCUCACCAUCACCACGACGACGACACAUCACAGAGGUGAAUCCAGAGCCACAGCCUGCACUCAGGUCAUAUAACCUGCUCCAACAUGAACCUUGAGCCCAAAGCGGAGAUCAAGUCGGCCACGCGUGUGAGCGGAGGCCCCGCCACGCCACGCAAAGGACCGCCCAAGUUCAAGCAGAGGCAGACCCGUCAGUUCAAGAGCAAGCCUCCGAAAAAAGGAAUCCAGGGCUUUGGUGACGAUAUCCCUGGCAUGGAGGGCUUAGGCACAGACAUCACCGUCAUCUGCCCCUGGGAAGCCUUCAAUCACCUGGAGCUGCACGAGCUGGCCCAGUACGGCAUCAUCUGAGCCUCGGAGCGUCCUCCUGCCAUCACACUCCAAAACCACCUGCCUCCGUCUCCCAGCACCACGUGUUGGAACUGUUCCACACAAACAAACUGUAACAAGACAAAAAAAUGGAAAAAGAGAAAAAUAUUCUACAAAAAAACAACAGCUUCCCCUGGAUUCUUCUUCUUCUUCUUCUUCUUCUUCACACAGAAUGUUUAGAAUCUGUUCUCAUGAUUCUCUUGACUUCCUCUCUUCUGUUCCUCCUCUUUUCUUCUUCUCCUCCUCACAGAAACAAUCGAAGCACGGCAAACCUCAUGUUGAGUAAAAGUGACAAACCCGUGACCGUGGGUGGGUUCCCACGUCACGGAAAAUAUUAAAACAGACAAAAAAGGGCGUGUUUGCUGUAGAGAGUGGAGACCAGAACGUCGACAUCUGCUUCACCACGACACAUAAAACCCUGUUUUCCUCGAAAUGUCAUUGAACCUGAUUUUGAUGUCAAAAAGACGACUUUAAAACUCAAAUCUCUUGGUUUCACAUUAGCGUUGCAGCUUAUUUCUCCCUUGUAUUAUAUGAAUGUAUAUGAAAGUAUAUAUUUUUUAUUUCUUAUACUUUCACACAGUAAUAAAUCAUGUCUGUAUGUUCUUUGACCGUAGCUCAAAUUUGUAGAGAGGAACAUUUUUUUAUCGUUGUUAUAUUUAAUAUUUUGGCUUUAGUUUUGAGUCCUCAAGUCAAAAAAACGUUCCUGAAACUAAAGUUUCGUUCACUGUUUAAACUGUAAUUUAUUGAUUUAUUUGCGGUCGAUCAAAGCUGACGGAUGUGAACACGUGUGUCGUGGAGUUUUUUCGUCUCUACAGGAACGAGGGGAAAAAAAUAAAACAUAAAAA